AUGGAUUCAUUUAUGUGCUUAGCAGAAGAGGUCACAGAGUUCGAGUCCGACUUCCUUGCUUCGUCAAUAUCAGAGCAAAAUAAGCAUGUCCUUGCUAUUCAGCAAGAAGAACUCAAAGCUCUGUGGGAAAAAACAAAGCUAGCCUACGAUGCCCUCAAUACCUCUGACGAAUUUUCACAAGAAGAUAAGAGGACAUACAGAAAAAUAAAUAGAGGCGCGUUUGCUAGUUAUGUAAACUGCAUGUCGUCUUUGGCUGCGCAGGCUGAGAAACUAUCAAAAGAAGAAAGGGAUGUAGAACAGAAGCCUAUGCGAAAACACAAUAUUCACCUUCCACCGUGUGAUACUGGUGUUUUCAAAGGCGAUUAUCUGUCUUGGCCAAAAUUUCGAGAUAUGUUCACGGCCAUUUACAUCUCGAAUCAGGAGCUUACUCCAGUUGAGAAGCUAUAUUACCUCAACCAAAAAACCAAAGGAGAAGCCAAAGACAUUGUGAGUAAGUGCCUAAUAACUAAUGAAGGCUUCGCAACAGCAUGGGAAAAUUUGUGUGAGCGAUACGAAAAUAAGCGUAUUCUCGUGAACACACAACUAAAAAUAUUAUUCAAUUUAAAUUCAGUGGAGAGUGAAUGUGGUAGCUCUAUUAAAAGAUUGCAGCGUGAUAUCAAAAAUUGUUUGUCAUCCCUCAAGAGUCAUCAAAUUGACAUUUCAAAUUGGGACUCAAUUGUUAUAUAUCUUUGCUCGACUAAACUGCCUGACAGCACUUUGGCUCUAUGGGAGCAAACCAUAGACCACACAGGCGAUUUACCGAAGUGGGAAGAUAUGGACAAGUUCCUAUCUAACAGGUUUCAAACCCUGGAAACCCUGACGGGCUUAAAGGGUACAAAAGCGGUUAAGGCGCCAAAGCCGCAAAACACCAAAAACCCUUCAGAAGCCCAUACCAAAAGACUUGGUGCAUUCCAAGCAAGCGUGACCAAGUUCACUUGUGCAAUGUGCCAAACGAAUGAGCACAAACUACGCCGCUGUUCCAAAUUUUUGAAGCUUACGCCUGAUGAGAGGUUUAAUUACUUAAAGAGCAACAACAGUUGCCUGAAUUGUCUGAGUGCUGCACAUACCGUGACGAGGUGCACAAGCCCCUAUAAUUGCAGCACGUGCCACUCGCGACAUCACUCGCUCCUGCACAUUCAGACAAAUGUGCCAAAGGCAACAGCGGCUCGAACGCCGCCGGAACCUGCCAAUAACACCGCAUCUUCCUCUCAACAGGCUCAAGCAAAGCGCAGCUUUAAUAAUAAAACACGUAACAAUAAAAGCAAAGACGUUAAGUCUUGUUAUGCUAACACAAAUUCAGGUGUGCUCUUAGGAACAGCUCGCGUAAAUAUACGUCUCAAUGGCACAGAUUUUUCUGCUCGAGCACUUAUUGACUCUGGUUCUGAGUGUUCGUUCAUAACAGAACGACUCAAACGCAGAAUCAACCUGCCAGCUAAGAGGAUGCAUGCCCAAGUCUCGGGCAUUACGAAUGCAACCUCUGCGCAGGUCAAAGAGGCAUGCAGCAUAGAACUUCGAUCCCCUGUUGAUCCACUGUUCAGCCUGCAUGCAACAGUGCUCGUCCUAACAAGACUAACCGGAAAUCUACCAUCCUGUCAUAUCAGCGCUAUGACUAUGCAGGCAUUUCCAGGUCUUGUUCUAGCUGAUAAACGGUUCUACGUGAAUGAAGAAGUAGACCUCGUACUUGGCGGAGACAUUUAUCCCCAAAUUAUUUUAUGCGGCUUGAAGAAAAAUGUACUCAGUACACUUCUCGCCCAAGAAACAGUGUUCGGUUGGAUAUUAACCGGAUGCACAGAUGCACCCAAUCCAACCAACAAUAUAGUUUCGUAUCACAGCGAAGUUGCCUUGAACAAACAACUUACUGCAUUCUGGGAACUCGAAGACAUACCAAAAAACAAAAGCUUGAACGAAGACGACCAAUACUGUGAUGAACUUUAUCGGAAGACAACUCGUAGACGAGAAGACGGAAAAUACGUAGUCUCGCUACCAUUUAGGCAGGAAUUUCCCGCAAACAUCUGCCUAGGCCCUUCUCUCAAAAAAGCAUGCUCUCAGUUCUUCCGGAAUGAGACACGGCUUGCAAAGGAUACCGUCCUACAAAAAGAGUAUAAUAGGGUACUAGCUGAAUAUGAAUCACUAGGACAUAUGUCCAGAAUAAAUGAUAGUAUUUCAGCAGACUCUUCCGAUAACUACUUUCUACCUCACCACGCUGUUAUAAAGGCAGAAAGUACCUCCACCAAAGUUCGAGUCGUCUUUAAUGCCUCAAGUCCAACGGCUAAUGGCACAAGUCUGAACGAUGUACUUCUCCCAGGUCCAGUUCUCCAAGCAGAUCUUCCGAUCCUUAUACUCCGCUGGAGGUUAUACAGAUACGUUUUUAAUAGUGACAUCGAGAAGAUGUAUCGGCAAGUUUGGGUGGAUAGCAACCAUACCAAAUAUCAGCGGAUAGUUUUCCGUACAAACCCGAACGAACCUGUAAGUCUAUACGAAUUAAAGACUGUCACUUUCGGGAUUAAUUGUGCUCCUUACCUCGCGAUAAGGACACUUCUACAACUGGCUGACGAUGUAGAAAGCUCUUCCCCAAUAGCAUCUAACAUACUACGGAAAUGCAUGUAUGUGGAUGACGUGCUAGCUGGAGGACAUAGCAUCGAUUCUACCGUAAAAGCAAGAGAUGAAAUCUCUGAAGUACUACGGUCAGCCGGUUUUCCGCUAAGGAAAUGGACCUCAAACUGUGCGGAAAUUCUAAAGGACAUCCCAAAAACGGAUUUACUCAGUGAAGACUUUUUGGCAUUCGAAGACACCAGCACGGUUAAGGCUCUUGGCAUAAGAUGGAAUGCCCAUACCGAUCUAUUCUAUUUCAUGGCAAGACCAUUGGAGGAUCGCGAGACACUUACAAAAAGGGCGAUACUAUCAGCUAUCGCCAAGCUAUUUGAUCCGCUAGGAUGGCUUGCUCCAAUAGUCGUCGUGGCCAAAAUAAUUAUGCAAAGUAUUUGGCUAGAAGGCACAGACUGGGAUGAGACUGUGUCUUCUACUACUAUGGAACGAUGGCAGAAUUUUACCAAACAUUACCAUGAAAUAGACAAUAUUAGAAUACCUCGAUGGGUACACUUCGCACCAGGAGAUGACAUCGAGAUACAUGGUUUCUGCGACGCAUCGGAAAAAGCAUAUGCGGCUACUGCAUACAUGCGCGUCAAAAGAGAUGACAAAGUUUUGGUCAAUCUUCUUUUGGCAAAAACCAAAGUAGCUCCUGUCAAAACAAUAUCGCUACCACGACUAGAGCUUUGCGGAGCCGUACUGCUCGCGGAAAUCAUAGAAUCCGUAAUCAACAACCUCAACCUAGGGCAAGUUAAAACAUAUCUUUGGACAGAUUCGACCAUCGUACUCGCAUGGAUACGAAAGCCGCCUUGUUCUUGGUCAACUUUCGUCGCACAUCGAAUUACGAAAAUAGUAGAAAAGGUCGGUAACAAGGACUGGUUACAUGUAGACUCGGCUUCUAAUCCAGCCGACUUGGCUAGCAGAGGAUUGCCUGCGUCAGAAUCUACCGAGAGCUUUGAGAGUGUUAUCAUACGUCAUGAGAUUCUACCGAAGAACUCACCCGAAAACAAAAGCUUCAUUUCAGGAAACUUCUUGUUUAAUUUCAUCAGAAGAAAUUAA